CAACGCAAGAACGUAGUUAAACGUCGGAAGUGGUUGAAAAAAUUUGUUCCGGUUUUUGUUGGAGAUGUAAAUAGCGUUUUGAUUCUAAAGAAAAAUCAUGUCAUCAACAGAUGUCGAGGAAUUUUAUUCAAACGAUAUCGUUUAUCGUAUCGAUGCGCGAAAACGAAUAGUUCACGGAAUCGUAUUAGACAGUUACGAAGACUUGGGCAAUUCGGAUGAGCACAAUGCGUUACAAAAGGGUCAAUUACGCGUUUUAUGGUCAAAUAAUUCCCGUGAACUCGUUUGGAGGCAGAAAAAAGUAAGGUUAUUAAGUCGAAAUAUCAUUCCUGGCGAUAUCGUGAGACGACUUGUUCAUGGUAAAGAGACUCAACGAGGAUAUUGUAAGGAUUCUAAACAGUUUGCAACUAUACAAAUUGUUGGGACUGAUAAAAUAGUUGAAGGAGUAUUUGGAAAUCGUUUAAAUCCGGUCACCCCAUAUGAUCGAAAUGUUAUCGUGUCACUUGGAGAAAAAGUUGGAAGAAUACAGAAAUUGGAUCAGUUGAUUACCAUGAGAUCAAAAUGUGGAUCAACUGUUGAAAUUUCUGAUAACUACAAUAUGGAAAUUGGUGAUUACUGGAUGCGAAAAAGAAAUAGGGAUUAUUUAGAAUUGUAUUAUGCAGGUCAAGAAGUGAUUUGUACACCUUGCGAAUUGGAACGUCCACGUUGGAUUCAUAUGACGAAAUCUAUGAAACGCAAUAUGCAAAUGCGUCAAAGGUUUACCAUUCAAAAAGUGGAACCCUCAUGCGUUUGUGUAGUAUGGUUUGAAGGUGAUGUGGCUUUAAAAGAUAUUUCAAAUCAUUAUACGGAUCUAACUCCUAAAGAUAUAAAAUCUUUAAAAUACCUAGGAUCAUUAGAAAAUAAUUACCUGGAUUUAGGACAACGAAAACUAUUAACAUUAACAUCCAUGGAUCGAUUAAUAAGAAAGCGUGAUUGGAAUCGAAAACAGAUUGUUCUACAUCGGUCUGAAUUCGUAAAAGUUAUACAUAAUAAAACCUUGGGAAAAAAAUGCAAUCUGAAAAACGCCCGUAAUAGUUGUACCGCUGCCAAUAAAACGAUAACGAAUGUAAACGAUGAAACGGAUGAAGACUGGUUUACGGAAGAAGUUUCGGAGACCGAGCGGGAUGACGAACAUUUCGCCAGUUCACCAUCGUCUUUAGCUUCUCUACUUCAAUCAGAUAAAUCAACAAUUUCGAUUACGAAAAAAGCUGAUUAUAUCGUUUAUCCUCCUAAAACAUCGGAUUUGGUUGUUGGCCGUACUGUCCCAGUAGAGGUUAUCUGCUUCGAAUCAAAAACAACGGUCGUUUGGCAAGAUGGAACGGAAGAAACCGAUAUACCGUCAACGGAACUUUACUAUUCAAUUUCGUUAGAUGAUCACGAAUUCUUUCCCGGGGAAUGGGUUCUUAUGACGGAUGAUAGGGAUAACACUGGCAAAUUUGGCGUUGUUCAAGCGGUUAAUCAUCUAGAAAGAACUGCAAAGGUGAAAUGGUUUAAUAAUUCUUUGACAAAUGAUGGGCCGCCUGAAGUCAUUAACAUAACAGAAAUAAGUGUGUACGAUUUAAAGAAACACACGAAAUUCGCUUUUCGCCCUGGUAGUCAUGUUAAAAAUAAAAAUGGAGGAUUUCAAGGAAAAUUAGGUUUUGUUAGAGAUAGUUGUCCAGAGGGUUAUGUAAUGGUCGAAUGGCAUAACGGUCAAACAGAAGAUUGUUGGCCGCAAACGAUCGAAUUAAUUUCGGACGGUGGUGAUUUCAUAUUUUCAAAUAGCGAUGACGACGAAGGUGAUAUGUCAAGUGUUGUCUCUUGGGAAACGGAAAGCAUCGAAUCCAUAGCUGGUGACCUAUCCGAAGAAACCACACUUCAAGUUAUGGCAGCCCGUUUGGAUUUCAUUCGAAAUCGGAUCGUUUAUUUAAAAGAGGCAUUUAAAAGUAAUAACGUUAAAGAGACUUUCACUUAUUUAAGGGAUUUGCUACUGGUUUAUGAAAAUUCAAGUUAUUUAGAUAAAUUGUUGGAUACGUCGUUUUUUAGUCCUAAGAGUAGACACUAUCAAAGUUUAAUGGCAUUGGUACGCGAAAAAGCAAAGUUUUGGGGUGUUGAGUUUAGGGGUCGCCUUUUCAGUUACGAUUCAGCAACAACAACCGGCAACAAUCAAUCGCCAACUUCGAAAGUUGUCUCUGCGGAGAAGAAUAACAUUCAGAAAUUAGUUAAAUUGGAACAUAAAAUUAACGCUCAGUUGGAGAAUCAACAACAGCAAAUUAAGGAUGUUUCUUCUGGAGAACCAUCGACUUCGAUCCCACCGUCCGAAUCGGAUCCUCCGUCGAAGAAUUUAUGCGUCGAACUUCUUUCGAUGUUAAAACCGCGAAUGGAUUUGGCUUACGCGGAGAUUAUGGCACGAAUCGGCGGAACGCAGGCGCACUCCGUAAUGACAAAAGCCCAAGAACAGAAUAUAGCAGCAUCGGCACCGUUACAAAGUAUUCCAACUACCCCAGAAAUUAUUCAACAGUUGAACUCGCCACCCGUUUUCACGUCCGACACAGCUUCCAGUCUUGCGUUAAUUUCCGAAGAAAAACCUCCUCCACAGAAUGUCGACGAUUACGUUGAUAAUAAUAAAAUAGACGAUGACAAUAGUGACAACUUUUACGUAAUGUUAGAUUCAGCACCGUUAAAUCAUCGUUUCAUCGGCAACAAAUUUGAACCGCACAAUAAACAAACGUUCUUCAAGUCGGUACAGAAAGAAUGUCAAUUGUUGAAGGAUUCGUUGCCGCCGGGAGUUUGGAUAAAAACGUAUGCAAAUCGUUUGGAUUUAUUAUCGGUAAUGAUUCGUGGCCCGGAUAAGACACCCUACGAAAACGGAUUGUUUAUUUUCGAAAUUCAACUGAGUUCUGAUUAUCCUCGAUCGCCCCCACUUUGUCACUACGUUAGUUACAGCUCGGAACGUUUAAAUCCGAAUUUGUAUGUUGAAGGAAAAGUGUGUAUAUCGUUGUUGGGUACUUGGAUGGGCCAAGGCACAGAAGUUUGGGGACCCGAAAGCACUUUAUUGCAACUUAUCGUUUCGAUUCAAGGAUUAAUUCUCGUUAGCGAACCGUACUACAACGAGGCGGGCUACGAAAGGCAAUCAGCCAGCCAACAGGGUUAUGAGAAUUCAAGAACUUACAAUGAACUGGUCGUUUUGAAAAUGGUUCAGUCAAUGACAGAAAUGAUUCGAUCGCCACCGGAAGUGUUUAAAAAGGAAGUGUUGGAUCAUUUCACGAAGGUCGGAGACAAGAUGUGCGAUCAUUUGAGAAAGUUUUGCAAUGAUGAUUGCGAUGUCUUAAAGCCGGAAUUUCCAUUGCUACCCGUUUCAAAAGGGCUUAAAAUAUCCUUGAAUACGUCGUUGGAUCAGUUUCAAUUGGUUUUGAAGAAUGUCGAACAAGAAAAAUGAAAUAAGAUGAAAAAUAAAUAUUUGUGAUGUACGUUUUUUUCGGGUUAA